CAUAAAAAAAUCUCUUCUGAUCUAGCCUCCUUUUAGUCCUUUUAAGCAGCUGCACUGUUGUUAUAAUAGUACUCACUGCUUGAGCUUCUUUCUCCAGACUCUUGUUAUAAUAGUUCAUGUUGUAGAUACAUAUUUAGACAUAGCUUUAAGUAGUUACAUAUAUGUAUUUAGCUUCUUUUGGGGAUCAACUCUUAAUGAUCUUGUUUAGAUUUGAAGGGAGUGUUUGAGAAUAGUUGGUGUAAAGUCCAAAAUAAUAAAGCUUGUGUUAAGUUGCUGGGUUGUUUUUUUCAGAAGCCUUGGUUUAUAUAACUGUAGUUCUGUUAUGUAACACUGUUUCAUAGUCAACUUAGUUGGAUCAUCUAUAAAUUCAAAAAGGGAUUGUUUUGCAUCAUCUUUUAGUGGUUCCACAUAGGUUUUCAUAGCUAGGUCAACUUCAGAUUUCUCCAGUAUUCUAAAGAACUGUUAUUUUAUCUGAACUAAAAAUAGGUUUAUAAGAGCAAAGGGUAUCUCUUGCACUAUCAUUGAACUACUCCAAGCUAUGGAUGAGAGAAGUGAUGCAGAAAAGUCCGACGAAGUGUUGUUACCGGGCUUUCGAUUUCAUCCCACCGAUGAAGAGCUCGUCGCGUUUUACUUGAAGAGAAAAGUACAGCAAAAAUCUCUGUCCAUUGAGCUGAUCAGGCAACUGGACAUCUACAAGUAUGAUCCAUGGGAUCUUGCAAAGCUAGCGACCACCGGGGAGAAAGAAUGGUACUUCUACUGUCCGCGGGACCGCAAGUACCGGAACAGCGCGAGGCCGAACAGAGUCACGCGCGCUGGAUUCUGGAAAGCCACCGGAACGGAUAGGCCGAUCUACUCUUCUGAAGGAAACAGGUGCAUUGGCUUGAAGAAGUCACUCGUCUUCUACAAAGGAAGAGCCGCGAGGGGGGUCAAAACGGACUGGAUGAUGCAUGAAUUCAGGCUCCCUUCGCUUACUGAUUCUCUGCCGCCCAAGAGGCCUCUGGACAGCAACAUUUCAGCAAAUGACUCCUGGGCUAUCUGUAAAAUCUUUAAGAAAACAAAUUCCUCGGCACAAAGAGCACUAUCUCAUUCAUGGAUUCCUUUACUAUCCGAGCCUAGUGGAUCAGAAAAUGUACUUACUGCCGCACAAGCUACAAAGGUCGACCAGUUUGCUCCCGAGAACGCAAAAUCCAGAGCAGAAGCCGCACCUGCAAUCCAAUUCAGCAGCAACAGUACAUUGCAGAUGUUCUCUCCUUUUGAAAUGCCGACACAACAUCCGAAGUGCUUUACAGAUAUGACCCCUGUGAUUCUGAACUCAUCGCCGAUUGACAUCGGACAAAGCCAACAGCUAAACAACGGAUUGUUGGCGGACUUGCCGGUCGAGAUGAACGGAAGAGUAGCCAACAGGGAGGAAGAAAUGAUCGCAAGGAAGCAUUUUGAUUCGCGCGACCCGAUCAGUUGUCAGUCGGGAACACAUCGAACAAUCGGCUUCCCCUUCAACUUGGCCUCGGAUCUUUCUGAUGAGUGGAAAUCGAACUUGUCAUGGGAUUCUCCCCCUUGUACUACCGAGAUGUCAACCAGCUACGGAACCAAUGAAUGUUAUAUACUCAAUUAGGCGUCGAAUUGGGCAAGUCCCCCCUCAUCUGUUAGCAUUGCUGUUAACAGUUCAUAAGAGUGAGAUGUACAUUGUUAAGAAGAUUACUGUUAACCGCAAAGCUAACAGGGUUAGGACAAGAAUAAGUCGAGUAGAUUGAAGUUUUAACAAGAGUGUUUUAUAAAGUUAUCGCAGUUGCUAGUUUCGCAGCAUUUGAAGACUGACGAAAAAGAUGCUAAACUGUGUGAUUCCAUCUUCUUUUGCAGUGAUUCUAAAGGAUGUCGUGUACUCGUGUCAUUGCUGUGUGAGUUAGUACAAUAAGCAAUAACUGAAGAUAAUUCGAAACAACUUGAGUUAGUACAAACAUUAAACCGAGGAAUUAUGAUUCAAACGCGGAUUAGAAGAUUUUAGUUCACUAAGAAAGGGAAGUGUCUCUAUUCCAAGAAGAAUACUUUGCUAUCAGAAAACAUGAUGACCACUGUCGCAACUCAGCCUAGACGUAAUGAUCCGAUCUAAAGAAACUUCCUUUGCCACAAAACCUUAAUCAACAC